UCGGGUAUUUAGAUCUCUGACUGUCGUUUUGCCAACCAUGCUUGGUUUAUCAUUUUUGUUACUACACGGCCACCGUACUUUUGCGCCUGCUCGUUUCCUUUCAUUUUCUUUACAUUGAUGAUGCUGAGACAUUGAGCGGAUUUUUAUUUCCGAUCAUGUUAACAUCGAAGUAUGAAGGAGAAGAAGAGGUGAAAUGUAUCUCUCCACUUGAAUCUACCGGCAGUUUUCUUGGGGAAGAUCCAGCAGGUAGAUUUCUGCAAGUAGAGCUGGAGUUGAACUUGAAGUUAAAAGAUCUACAGUUCCAGGACCCUGUUAAGUAUGUUUAUAACCCAUUGUUAUAUGCCUGGGAUCCCCAUGAGAGGUAUGUGCAAACAUACUGCAAGUCAAAGAAGGAAGUACUCUUUCUAGGGAUGAACCCAGGACCAUUUGGCAUGGCACAAACAGGGGUUCCCUUUGGGGAAGUUAAUCAUGUUCGUGACUGGCUGUGCAUUGAAGGCAAGGUAUACAAGCCAGAACUGGAGCAUCCAAAAAGGCCCAUCCGUGGCUUUCAAUGUCCCACCAGCGAGGUCAGUGGCGCCCGCUUUUGGGGUUUCUUCAAAUCACUUUGUGGACGUCCUGAACAUUUUUUUCAGCACUGCUUUGUGCACAACCACUGCCCGCUUAUCUUCAUGAACCAGUCGGGGAAGAACCUAACACCCACAGACCUCCCAAAGGAACAGAGGGACAAAUUGCUCAAUGUCUGUGAUGAAGCUCUCUGCCAAGUGGUCAGGACUCUUGGUGUUAAAAAGGUUAUUGGUGUGGGCAGAUUCUCUGAGCAGAGGGCAAAAAAGGCCCUAGCUGUUGAGGGUUUAGAGGUUGAGGUGAAGGGGAUAAUGCACCCAUCACCCAGGAACCCCCAAGCCAACAAAGGCUGGAACAGCGUGGUAAAGGCACAGCUACAGGAACUGGGUGUUUUAUCAUUAUUGACUGGCUGAGAAACAUACCCCUUACUUUUAAUACUAUGCAUCCUAAUACACUACUGUAGACCACAUCUUAGUUAAAGCUCAGACCUGGUUUGCAUAUAAUUAGUAUUUUCUGUCUACCCAAAAUACCCAAUUCAUGUUCUGUUAGUGUUUUACUUUGUUUUAAAUGUAUGGUAUUAGGACAUAUGAUGUCACAAUUUAAAAUGAAGUCUAAGCUGUAAACACACCAGCACCCUGAUGCAAUGCAUGCAGUAUUUUAUUUCGGAAAACUCCAACCAGUUUCCAUUAGUAAUAUCAUUUGCUGUGAUUUACCUAUAUUA